AUGGCAAUUGGAAGUCACAAUGGAACAGCCAACACCUCCUACGCAGAAUUUCUCCUGCUUCCCUUUCCAGGCUUCCAUGAAUUCAGAUAUCUCCUCGCCAUCCCUUUCUUCUCUUUAUUUAUUAUUAUUGUCAUUGCCAACUCUGUCCUGAUCCACACUGUGAGGGUCGAAGCGAGUCUCCACUCGCCAAUGUAUCUGCUCAUAGCUCUACUCUUUGCAGUCAACAUUUGUGGGACUUCAACCAUCUUUCCCCAAAUGCUCCUGAGUUUCAUGCUCCAGGCCAGCCACAUCUCCUUGACCGGCUGCCUGGUGCAAAUGUUCUUCCUCUACUUCACGACUGUCCUAGACUGCAACAUUCUACUGAUGAUGGCGCUUGAUAGGUACAUUGCCAUUUGCCACCCACUGCGCUACACAGACAUAAUGACCACCAGACUUCUGAUGUUUCUAACUUUUGCUUCCUUGGUUCGGAGUCUCUCUAUUGUUGGCCCCGUGGUGAUCUUGGCUUCGCGGGUGCGGUUCUGCCGUUCCAAUGUCAUCCACCAUUUUGCCUGUGAGCACAUGGCUCUCAUGAAACUGUCUUGCAGUGACAUCUCAAUCAACAAGAAGGUGGGGAUGGCUAUGAGAUGCAUUGACAUGAUCGUGGAUCUUAGCUUCCUUCUCACUUCCUACAACAAAAUUAUCCACACAGCCUUGAAGGCCUCAUCCAGCAAUGUCCGGCACAAAGCCUUCCACACCUGCGGCACCCACCUGAUUGUCAUCUUCAUUGGCUACUCCUCCCGUCUCUCCUCCUCCAUCGUCUUCCGUGUAGCCAAAUCUGCCUCAGAAGACGUCCACAACCUGAUUAGCGCAAUAUACCUGUUGUUCCCAUGGGCCGCCAACCCUAUUAUCUACGGCGUGAGGACCAAAGAAAUCAGGGAUAGUCUCUUGAAACUCUUCAAGAGAAAAUGGUCUCCCCUUGCAAAACAUCUGUGA